UUGGCCUUUAAGUGACACGCGGUACAGAAAAGCGAGAAAAGCAUGCUGAAUGAAAGCAUGAGAAAUAGGUUAAAAUACAUAAACUUAAAAAAAUUAAUAAAAUAACAUUAAUAAAUUGCUCAUAAGAAUUUAACCUGAUUUUAAUAGUUUCAUUAAAAUAAAUGUUAUUGUUUUCGCUAUGCCAACAGAAAAGCAUCAAAUUUUUGUUGGAUGCCUGUCUGGAACUUUGAAGGGCAUUUCAUUGGAUGAAUCAUUAGACGUAAUAAAUUUACAAAAAUGUAAUACCUUAAAUCAGAUGAAAGUUUUGGAGUUAUCAUGGAAUGAUGAUAAAGAAGUAGAUAUCUUGGUAGCUUGUUGUACAAAGGAAACGCAAAGUGUUCAAGUUUUUAAUACCGAAACAUCUAAAUUUACACAGACGUUCAAGUGCAAUGAAGGGGAAGGAGAUAUUAUUGGGAUUUGUAAUUAUUAUAACUCUAUUUUAGUAGCCAGGCAAUCAGGACACAUAACUCGAUUGAAUUCUAAUGAAGAAGAGUUAAUUGUCUUGAAUAGUGGACCUGGUUUACGUAAAAUGCGACAAGCGGAUAAACUAAUAGCCACCGGAGGAUUGGAAAAUCCAUUAAAAUUACUUGAUGUGGAGAGAAAAAAGGAAAUAUUUAUUGCAAAAAAUGUGAAAAAUGAUUUUCUAGGUCUAAAAGUUCCUAUUUGGAUUUCGGAUAUAGGAUUUUUUUCUGGAACAUCUAAAAUUGUAACUGCUUCUAAACAUGGCCAUGUCCAGCUAUAUGAUAUACGUGCUCAAAGAAGGCCUGUCAUUAAAGUGGAAAUGAAGUCAGAAGCUUUAGGCUCUCUAGCUUUACAUCCUUCUAAAAUGCAAGUAAUAGUCGGUUCCGGAAAAGGUAGAAUGAAUCUAAUAGAUUUGAGAAAUGGAGGAAAAGUUUUGAACUCGUAUAAAGGUUCUGCUGGUAGUAUUACUGGAAUCGCCAUAACUAAAAGUGGUGACAGUGUUAUUAGCAUUAGUUUGGAUAGAACUUUAAGAAUACAUGAUAUAAAUACUAAACUAAUCUUAAAGAAGCAAUAUCUUUCUACAAGAUUAACUUCUUUAUUAACUCGAUCCGAAUACACAUUACGUGAAUAAAAAGGAAUAAACUAUAAUGGAUUUGUAUAAAUUUGCAACAUCAUUUUCGUAGGUACUUGUACAUCAUUACCCCCAGAAAAAAAAAGUAAUGGACAUGUCGAAUACAUAUUUGUAUAAAGAAUCUUUAAAACCAUUUGUUUAUUUAAUCUUCAUUAGUAUAUGAAUUUUAUUUUAUAUCCACAACAAAGCUUUAGAAAAUUAAUAACUAAUUAUUAUAAUAAAUUAAGUUUGUAAUAAAAGAA